AUGGUCAAGGCUUUCUUUUGCGGUCAGCAGCUGCCAAAGAGUGUGACGCACACAAACCUGGUUUUAUUACCAAAGAAAAAACAAGUUACGACCUUUGCAGACAUGAGACCAAUCAGUCUUAGCAACUUUGUUAACAAGAUUUUCUCUAGGGUUAUUCAUGAGAGAUUGGUUGAAUUAUUACCAAACAUAAUCUCAGAGGAACGGGCAGGUUUUGUGAAGGGCAGAAGCAUAGUUGAGAACAUACUUUUAACUCAAGAAAUCAUUACGGAAAUCAGGUUGAGAAAAAAAGCAGGUCCAAACGUUGUAAUUAAGCUUGAUAUGACAAAAGCUUACGACAGGCUAUCAUGGCUAUUCCUGACCAAAAUACUAAGGAAAAUGGGAUUUCCAGAAGCUUUUAUUGGCUUGAUAUUUGAUUUGAUUGGGAACAAUUGGUACUUUGUUCUUAUAAAUGGUCAGCCUAAUGGUUUCUUCAAAUCAUCAAGGAGAGUUAAACAAGGUGACCCUUUGUCACCAACUUUAUUCAUUCUAACAGCAGAAGCACUUUCUCGGGGAUUGAAUUCACUACACACUAACCUGUACUUUUGUGGUUUUGGAAUGCCAAAAUGGAGCCCAAAAAUAAAUCAUCUAUCAUACGCUAAUGAUACAAUCAUUUUCUGCUCAUCUGAUGAAACUUCGUUGAGACUUGUCAUGGAGGUUUUGCAAGCUUAUGAAUCAUCAUCUGGUCAACUGGUGAACAAAGCAAAAUCAGCCAUAUACAUGCAUCAUUUAAUGGAUAAUGAGGUGUUUAACAAGAGUAUCCCAAUGCAUAUGUUGUCAGCAGUCAAUCCUCCAAGUUAUGUGAUCAACAAAUUACAUAGCAUUUUUGCCAUGUUUUUCUGGAGCAGUAAUGUGGGAGGGAGCACUAGACAUUGGGCGUCUUGGACUAACCUUUGUAUGCCUUUUGAGGAGGGAGGCAUAGGUUUCAGGUCCCUACAUGACGUAUCCAAGGCACUGUUUUGCAAAUUAUGGUGGAAUUUCAGGACUAAGCCAACUCUAUGGAGUGCAUUUAUUAGUCAAAAGUACUGCAAGAAACUAAAUGCAGUAAUUGUACCUUGGAAGCGUGGAUCCCACGUGUGGAGAAAAACGCUAGAAUGUAGGGACUUGAUUGAGCAUCAAAUUUACUGGAAACUGAGAAUGGGAUCGGCUCAAUUCUGGUUCGACAAUUGGACAGAGAUGGGAGCCUUAUAUUUUCAAGUGCCUGCAGAGUUUGGUAUCGAUGAGGAUAUUCAUAAUGUCAAUGAUCUGGUUGAAAAUGGUAUGUGUAAUGUGGAUAAAAUGUUUAAGAGCCUACCUGAAGAUUUGGUACACCAUAUUGUGCAGAAUAUUAGACCACCAACUGAAAGUUCACAGUUAGAUACUCCUUUCUGGAUGCUUGAAACAAGGGGACAUUUUAUAGUAAAGUCUGCAUGGGAUUACCUGCGGAGAAGAGCCAACCCAAGAUUAGCUUACUAG